UGGAGGCUCUGCGUUGUUGAAUUCGCACCGCCUUCGAAUUCGCUCACAGGUCAAAAUGCAGAUCUUCGUGAAGACCCUGACCGGCAAGACCAUCACCCUGGAGGUGGAGCCCAGUGACACCAUCGAGAACGUGAAGGCCAAGAUCCAGGAUAAGGAAGGCAUCCCCCCUGACCAGCAGAGGCUCAUCUUUGCGGGCAAGCAGCUGGAAGAUGGCCGCACUCUUUCUGAUUACAACAUCCAGAAAGAGUCGACCCUGCACCUGGUCCUGCGUCUGCGGGGUGGGAUGCAGAUCUUCGUGAAGACCCUGACCGGCAAGACCAUCACCCUGGAGGUGGAGCCCAGUGACACCAUCGAGAACGUGAAGGCCAAGAUCCAAGAUAAGGAAGGCAUCCCCCCUGACCAGCAGAGGCUCAUCUUUGCGGGCAAGCAGCUGGAAGAUGGCCGCACUCUUUCUGAUUACAACAUCCAGAAAGAGUCGACCCUGCACCUGGUCCUGCGUCUGCGGGGUGGGAUGCAGAUCUUCGUGAAGACCCUGACCGGCAAGACCAUCACCCUGGAGGUGGAGCCCAGUGAUACCAUCGAGAACGUGAAGGCCAAGAUCCAAGAUAAGGAAGGCAUCCCCCCUGACCAGCAGAGGCUCAUCUUUGCAGGCAAGCAGCUGGAAGAUGGCCGCACUCUUUCUGAUUACAACAUCCAGAAAGAGUCGACCCUACACCUGGUCCUGCGUCUGCGGGGUGGGAUGCAGAUCUUCGUGAAGACCCUGACCGGCAAGACCAUCACCCUGGAGGUGGAGCCCAGUGACACCAUCGAGAACGUGAAGGCCAAGAUCCAAGAUAAGGAAGGCAUCCCCCCUGACCAGCAGAGGCUCAUCUUUGCGGGCAAGCAGCUGGAAGAUGGCCGCACUCUUUCUGAUUACAACAUCCAGAAAGAGUCGACCCUGCACCUGGUCCUGCGUCUGCGGGGUGGCUGUUAAUUAUUCAGUCUUGCAUUCAUAAUGCCCAGUGAUGGCCACUCUGCACUCUAGCUAUUUGCCCCAAUUUAAGAUAGUUUCAGUAAUAGCUGAACUUGUUCAAAAUGUUAAUAAAGGUUUUGUUGCAUGGUA